AUGGCCGACGCUGCAGUUGAACGAAAAGUCAAGCCAGAGAAGCCCGAUGAGGCCAAGUACCAAACGGAGCUCGCGCAGCUCCAGAAGGAGCACGAGGUUAUGAUGAAGCAGUUGAACGAGGUUAAAGCCAAGCUCGACCUCAGCAAGCCGGCUGGCGCCAAUGGCGCUCAAAAUCCUGCUCAACAGCGACAAUCCACCCUUAGAAAGGAACUCGGAGAGAUCCGAGCCACCCAGUCCACCAAGAAGACUUCUAGACAAGACCUACUGAACCGUCAGAAGACUUUGAACGACUCUAUCAACAAUAAGAUUGCUGCGCAUAGAGCUGCACGUGCCAAGAUUAGCUUCAAGUCGCCCGAGGAAAUCGAUACCGAAAUUAGAAAGUUGGAAGGGCAGGUUGAUAGCGGAAAUCUCAAGUUGGUUGACGAGCGCCGGACAUUGGAUCAAAUCUCAAACUUGAGGAAGCUCAAGAAGAAUUUCGCCGGAUUUGACGAAGAUCAGGGUGCCAUUGAUAAGUUGAAGGCUUCUUUGGCUGAUAUCAGGUCGCAACUCGACGAUCCAGAGGCUAAGGCUCUCUCAGACCGGUUUACUGAAAUCACCAAGGAACUCGACUCUAUUAAAGCCGAACAAGAUGGUGUUUUCCAGAACCUCAAUAGCUUGCGUGACGAACGUACAAGAUUGCAGAAGGAACAACAGGAGAAGUUCGGAGAAAUCAAGGCUCUCAAGGAUGCUUACUACGGUGCAAAGAAUGCCUUCCGAGAAUACGAGCAAGAAGCCUGGAAGGUCCGAAAGGAGAAGCAAAGAGCCGAGCGUGAGGCUUAUGAGAAGAAGAAGAAGAUGGAAGUUGCCAACCAAUUGCUCGAGGAGGCCAGCUUCAAGGCUUUCACAAGUGAAAUCCAUACUUGCGAGAACUUGAUCGCUUUCUUCGAUCCCGAGAGCGCUCCAAAGAAGGCCGAUGGACCAGUCAGCCAAUACAAAGCAUCUAUCGGAAGAACCAUCACUGAAGAGCCCAAAGGAAUGAAGGUUUUGAAGAAGGAUGAGGAGGACUAUUUCAUUGGUGGAAAUAGCAAGAAGAAGGGAAAGAAGAGCAAGGCUGCAGGUGCAGAGGCCCCUACUCCCGCCAAAUUCUCUCUCUCGAUCGGUAUUCUCGACGAACUGAGCAAAGUCGAAGUCUCGGCUCCAACUGGGGCCGAAGAUGUGCCAAGCGUUGUUGAGAAGCUCAAGGCCAAGCUUGAGCACUACAAAGAAAACCAAGAAAGAGUUACCCAAGAGAACAUCGUCAAAGCCAAGGCUAGAAUUGAAGAACUCGAAAAGUUCGACCGACUUGAGGACGCCGUUGGCGACCUCUCUGUCGCCGAUGGUAAAGCCGAGUAG